UUUUGGCACUACAGGUCGUUUACGUCAGUGCCACCGCCUAGUUGCUUCUUUUCCGUUCUUAUCUUCGAAUCCCAAAGUCCGCUCUUCAUCAAUAAUUUCAAGCGAGUGGAAUCGUUCACCGGAGGGAAUCAAUCUUCUUCAUCGCAGCUCUCAUUGAUUCUAAUCAUGGCGGUGCACAAAUCCCAUGCUUCCUGGCUCAGGAAUGCAGGCUUGGUAUUCUCCUGCAUCCUCAGUUUGCUGCUCUUUCUGUCACCGGAGAGAGCUAAAGCUCAAGCUCCGGCUCCUCAACCUCAAUCUCAAGCUAGGGCUGAUCCAGUUGAAGCUCUGGCGUUGAACACGAUCUUUAGAAGAUGGGGUUUGAAGGCACAGUCAACAUGGAAUAUUAGUGGUGAACUAUGCAAUGGUGUGGCUAUUGAUUCAACCAUAUUGGAUGGCGAUAUCUUCAAUCCUGGAAUCAAAUGUGACUGCAGUUACAACAAUGGCACCAUCUGCCAUAUUGAUCAGUUGAGGAUAUUUAACUUGGAUGUGGUUGGAACCAUCCCUGAAGAGCUGCAAGAUCUACCCUAUCUCUGGAAUCUAAAUUUUUGGAAAAAUUACCUGACUGGUUCUGUGCCUGCAUUUUUUGGGAACUUCACCAGGAUGCAAUACCUAAGUGUAGGGAAUAAUGCAUUGUCAGGGCCAAUACCAAAGGAACUUGGCAACCUUCAGCGACUUAUCUCUCUGGGUUUAUCAAAUAAUAACUUCAGUGGUUCCAUCCCUCCAGAGUUUGGGAAUUUGACCAGCAUACAAAGACUAUAUGUGGAUAGUUCUGGACUUAGAGGUGAGCUACCACCAACACUGUCCAAUCUGAAAACCUUGUCAACGUUUUGGGCUUCAAACUGUAAUUUCAUGGGCAAAGUUCCUGAUUUCAUUGGGGAAUGGAGAAACCUAACCGUCUUGCGGCUUCAAGGCAACUCCUUUGAAGGCCCAAUUCCUGCAAGUUUUUCUAGCCUCAACCAACUUACUGAACUAAGAAUAGGGGAUAUCAUAAAUGGGAGCUCCUCUUUAGAAUUUAUACGUGACAUGACAUCUCUCAGCACUUUAGUGUUAAGAAACUGCAAGAUUUCUGAUGCUAUUCCGUCAAACUUUUCACACUAUACAAGUUUACAGCAACUGGAUUUGAGUUUUAACAAUAUAACAGGGGAAGUUCCUCAGUCCCUCUUCAGUUUGAGUUCACUUGCCUACGUUUUUCUUGGCAAUAACAGCCUAUCUGGUAACCUACCAGCUCAAAAGAGCAAUGCACUGAUGAAUAUAGAUCUUUCAUACAAUCAAUUAUCAGGAACCUUUCCCUCUUGGGUUAGCCAACGAAAUCUGCAGCUAAACUUGGUGUCAAACAACUUUGUAAUUGAUGAUUCCAACAGCAGCAUAUUACCUUCAGGGUUAAGAUGUCUUCAACGAGAUUUCCCAUGCUAUCGUGGUUCUCCAAACUAUUAUUCCUUUGCAAUAAAAUGUGGAGGCAGCAAUCCUGUUACAGCUUCUGAUGGUACAGUAUACGAGAAGGAUAAUGCAAGUCUCUCAAGUGCAUCAUACUUCGUGACAGAUCUAAUUAGAUGGGCUGUCAGCAAUGUUGGAAGCUUUACAGAUGCUUCUAAUAGUAAUUAUAUAAUUACUAUUAAUUCUAACUUCCAGGGUACUCUAGAUCCAGAAUUGUUUUACACUGCUAGACUAUCUCCAUCUUCACUGAGAUAUUACGGUUUUGGUCUUGAGAACGGAAAUUACACCAUAAAACUCCAAUUUUCUGAGUUUGCUAUCCUUGAUACACCUUCUUGGAGAAGUGCUGGUAAUAGGAUGUUUGAUAUUUAUAUUCAGGGUGUUCAAAAAGAGAGAGAUUUUGAUAUAAAAAGGGUAGCUGGUGGGAGAUCAACACAAGCUGUUGUCAAGGAAUAUGUUGCUCCAGUCACCAACAAUUUUCUUGAAAUCCAUUUCUUUUGGGCUGGAAAGGGUACUUGCUGUACACCAUUUAAUGGAUAUUACGGCCCAUCUAUCUCAGCUAUCAGUGUAUCACCUAAUGAUUUCAAUCCUACUGUAUCAAACCAACCACUUGGCAUAAAUUCAAAAAAAGAUCCUAAAGGUUUGAUUGCCGGUGUUUCCACUGCUGCCACUGUUUUAGGAUUGUUUGUUAUAUAUGUGACUUUUAUCUUGAUACAAAGAAAGAAAAGGUUAAACAAACAAAAUUCAGUAUUGACAGGACUAGAUGUGAAACCUUACACAUUUAGUUAUGCUGAACUGAGGGCUGCAACUGAAGAUUUCAAUCCUGCCAAUGUACUGGGAGAAGGAGGAUAUGGCCAAGUGUUUAAGGGCAUACUGAAUGAUGGGAGAACAGUGGCUGUUAAGCAACUCUCUACUACAUCCAACCAAGGAAAGGGCCAGUUCUUGACAGAGAUUGCAACUAUAUCUGCUGUGCAACACCGGAACCUUGUGAGAUUGCAUGGCUGCUGUGUUGAUGAAGACAAGCGAAUUCUGGUGUAUGAAUACCUAGAAAACGGGAGUCUCGACCAUGCAAUAUUUGGGAAGAAGAAUUUACUCCUUGGUUGGCCAAAGCGUUUUGACAUAUUAUUAGGUGUAGCAAAAGGCCUCACCUAUCUACACGAGGAGUCAAGAUUAAGAAUUGUGCAUAGAGACGUCAAAGCUAGUAAUAUUCUACUUGAUGCUGAUCUUGACCCCAAAAUCUCAGAUUUCGGUCUGGCUAAGCUCUAUGAUGACAAGAUGACUCACAUGAAUACAAGGGUCGCUGGUACAAUUGGCUACCUGGCACCGGAGUAUGCACUGAGAGGACAUCUAACAGAGAAAGCUGAUGUGUUUGCAUUUGGAGUGGUGGCUUUGGAGGUUCUUAGUGGAAGGCCUAACUCUGAUGAUAGUCUUGGUCACGAGACAGUUUAUCUUCUUGACUGGGUUUGGAACUUGCUCGAGAACAAUAACAAAUUGGCGAUGUUGGACGAGAAGCUGGAGUCAUUUGAUGAGGAAGAGGUCAACCGGGUUAUUGGAGUAGCUCUGCUUUGCACCCAGGCAUCACCAUCUUGUCGGCCAACAAUGUCAAGGGUGGUGGGCAUGUUGGCAGGAGAUGUGGAAAUUCCCUAUGUCCCUGAAAGGCCAACUUAUCUGCUUCUAUGGCAAUAUAGGGAUGUCACCAGCAGCUUUGCGUUCGAUGACACUACUGAUGCUUCAAUCGUAAGGCGAGCAAAUAACCAACCGAGUCCUCCACGUGGUUGGAGCAAAGGGGAGAGUGUGGAAACUGGACCAUUUUCUUCGCAGUCAAUUGAAAGCGAUAUCACUGCCGAGGGAAUUUUGGCACUGAACACGAUCCUGGCGAGAUGGGGUUUGAGAGCAUCAUCAGCCUGGAACUUCAGUGGCGACCCAUGCACGGGCGCAGCCAUCGAUGAGACCAACAUCCUCAGUCGCGAUUUCAACCCAGGAAUCAAAUGCGUCUGCACUUACAACAACAGCCGCACCUGCCAUAUCACUCAGCUGAAGGUUUAUGCGACCCAUACUGUGGUUGGGCCUUUCCCCCAAGAACUACAGAACCUGCCCUAUCUCUUUGAUCUGAAUUUAGCACAAAACUACCUGACAGGAACUCUGCCUGCAUUCAUAGGAGACUUCACUGACAUGCAAUACUUAAGUGUCGGCACCAAUGCCUUAUCGGGGCAAGUACCACCAGAACUUGGCAACCUUCGGAGACUCAUCUCAUUGAGUAUUGCAACAAAUAACUUCAGUGGUUCAGUACCGCCUGAGUUGGGGAAUCUCACAAACUUACAACAACUGUACUUACGUAGUUCUGGACUUAGCGGUGAGCUACCACAAAGUCUAUCCAAUCUCAGAAGCUUGAGGACAAUGUGGGCUACAGACAAUAAUUUCAUUGGAAGAAUACCUGAUUACAUUGGAACAUGGACAAACCUAACAAGCUUAAGGCUCCAAGGCAACUCGUUUCAGGGUCCAAUUCCUUCAAGCUUUGCUAGCCAAACUCAAUUGACUGAUUUGAGAAUAGGAGAUAUCAUAAAUGGGAGCUCUUCAUUGGAUUUCAUUGCUAAUAUGACAUCUCUGAGCACCUUGGUACUAAGGAACUGCAAGAUUUCUGAUUCAAUUCCCUUGAACUUUGAGAAAUAUAAUACAUUAACACUAUUAGAUCUGAGCUUUAACAACAUAACAGGCCAAGUUCCUCAGUCCCUCUUCAAUUUGAGUUCACUUGCUUUCCUAUUUCUUGGCAACAAUAGCCUCUUUGGUUCCUUACCUCUGCAAAAGAGCAAUGAACUAAUGAACAUAGAUUUGUCAUACAAUCAAUUAUCAGGAAGAUUUCCAUCUUGGGUUAGCCAAGGAAACUUGCACUUGAAUUUGGUAGCAAACAAUUUUGUGAUCGAUGACUCCAACAGCAGCAACUUGCCUUCAGGGCUAAACUGUCUCCAGCGCACUUUUCCAUGCUAUCGUGGUUUUCCAAUCUAUUCAUCCUUUGCGAUUAACUGCGGUGGCAGUAGAGCAAUAAGUGCUUCUGAUAACACUUUGUAUGAGGUUGAUGAUGCAAAUCUCACAACUGCAUCAUACUUUGUGACUGAUACAACCAGAUGGGGGCUUAGCAGCGUUGGCCGCUUUAUGGACUCACCUGCUCCUGCUUAUAUGACAAAUAGCCAAUCUCAAUUUGAGAAUACUCUAGACUCGGAAUUGUUUCAAACUGCGAGGUUGUCUCCAUCCUCACUGAGAUACUAUGGUCUUGGUCUUGAGAAUGGAAACUACACUGUUAGGCUCCAGUUCGCGGAGACUGCUUUCCCUGACACACCAACUUUUGAAAGCGUGGGUAGAAGAGUGUUUGAUAUUUAUAUUCAGAAUGAUCUAAAAGAGAGAGACUUUGAUAUAAGAAAGUUGGCUGGUGGCAGAUCCUUAGUAGCUGUAUCUAAGGAGUUCACAGUUUCAGUAUCAGAUAAUUUCCUCGAAAUCCAUUUCUUUUGGGCUGGCAAGGGCACCUGCUGUCAACCAACACAAGGAUAUUAUGGACCAUUGAUUUCAGCUAUAAGUGUAUCUCCCGACUUCGAUCCUAGCGUAUCAAAUAGAUUGCCAAGUUCAAAGAAAAAUCGUGCAGGUUUGAUUGUGGGUGUUUCAGUUGGAGUUGCGGUUUUAGUAUUGUUGGCUAUAUGUGGAAUUAUUUUGUUGAGACAAAGAGGAAGAAGGUUAAGUGAAGAAGAAGAAGAAGAAGAAGUAUUAACAGGACUGGAUGUGAAACCUUUCACCUUUAGUUAUGUUGAACUAAGGAAUGCAACUGAAGACUUCAGUUCCUCUAACAUAUUGGGGGAAGGAGGGUUCGGCCCGGUGUUUAAGGGAGAACUUCAAGAUGGAAGAACAAUUGCUGUCAAGCAACUCGCAGCGACAUCUCAUCAAGGAAAGGCGCAGUUCUUGACCGAGAUUGCAACUAUAUCUGCAGUGCAGCAUCGAAAUCUUAUAAAGUUGUAUGGCUGCUGUGUUGAGGAAGACAAGAGGAUUCUGGUUUAUGAGUACUCAGAGAACAAGAGUCUAGACCAAGCAAUUUUCGGGAAAAGCAGUUUGCAUCUUGAUUGGCCAAAACGCUUUGAUAUAUUGCUUGGUAUAGCAAGAGGUCUAGCCUACCUUCACGAGGAGUCAAGAGUGCGUAUCGUGCAUAGAGAUGUGAAGGCUAGUAAUAUCCUACUUGAUGCUGAUCUCAACCCGAAAAUCUCAGACUUUGGUUUGGCCAAGCUCUAUGAUGACAAGAUGACUCACAUUAACACAAGGGUUGCUGGUACCAUUGGAUAUCUAGCACCAGAGUAUGCUAUGAGAGGGCAUCUAACUGAGAAAGCUGAUGUCUUUGCGUACGGAGUGCUGGCUUUGGAGAUACUCAGCGGAAGGCCUAACUCUGACCCAACCCUUGAGAAGGACAAGGUUUAUCUUCUAGGAUGGGCUUGGAAUCUACAUGAUGAUAAGCGGGAACUGGACAUUGCUGAUCCAGAGCUACCAACAUUCAAUGAGAUAGAGGUCCAUCGGGUCAUCGGAAUAGCUCUUCUUUGCACCCAAGCAUCGCCUUUGCAUCGGCCACCAAUGUCAAGGGUUGUGGCCAUGCUAGUAGGGGAUACUGAAGUAGUAGAUGUCACCUCGAGGCCCAGUUACUUGACUGAUUGGCAAUUCAUGGAUGGAACCAGCAGCUUCACUGCCAACUACUUUGGUCCUUCAACCCAAAGAUCCGAAAACAGUGAAGUUAGUUUCACAUCUAAUGCAAAUACACUGGUUGACACCGAAAGCCAGCCUUUGACCCCACAAUUGUCUGCAAACACUGGCAUUUAGGAGGGAAGAUGAUUCUUCGUUUCCGGGGAAGUAUAUGUACUGUCUAAGAGUUUGGUAAUGUGAGUGCCAUGAGCCAUUGCCAUCAGUAGUUAGUUUGUGUCUGAAUAUUUGCUAAGAAACAUCUGAAUUCUGUAAAGAUAGUUUGUGAUAUCAUGUUUGCUAAAUAGAUGUUUUCA